AUGGUGCUUAAGAAUAGUGUCAAACUAAAGAAAUGCUGCAGCAUCUUCAAGAGUGAUUGUGAAAUCAGUGUUGUAAUGAAAGAAGUUUUGGAAAUGAAGCCAGGCCCUAAUCUCUUCAAUUCCCGAAGUUCCUUCCUGAAAACAGUGAGACCCCUUCAUGCCUGGAAAUGUGUAAUAUAUAAGCAGGAGGUGCAUGAACUGUGCUACUUUCCAUUUCCAGCCCAAACUGGAAAGGUAUUGAAGCAGGGAAGCCCAACGGAAGAAAUCUUAACUCUUGUGAAAUUACCAAGAAGAAAUGGAGAUGAGCAGAUUAUUUCAGAGAUAACAGCAAGGUGCUUCUGUCCUACCCUGGUAACAACCACCUCUUGGGAAAGUUUUUGUUUCGCUGGCCAAGAAAUAAGAAUUACUGAAGCCACGGACUGCUUCGGGGCCGUAGUCUGGCCGUCGGCUCUUGUGCUGUGCCAUUUCCUGGAAACAAAUGCGAGGCAGUUGGAUCUGGUGGACAAAAAUGUCAUUGAAAUUGGAGCUGGGACAGGACUGGUGUCAAUUGUGGCCAGUUUGCUUGGUGCCCGGGUCACUGCCACGGACUUGCCCGAGCUACUUGGAAAUCUGCAGUACAACGUUUCCCGCAACACAAAGACAAGAUGCAGGCACCCGCCCCGAGUGACUGAGCUGUCCUGGGGAGUCGACCUGGACCGCCACUUCCCCCAGGCCUCCAACCGCUUUGACUACGUCCUGGCCGCCGACGUGGUGUACGCCCACCCCUUCCUGGAUGAGCUGCUCACCACUUUCGACCAUCUGUGCAGCGAGAAGACCGUUGUCCUCUGGGUCAUGAAGUUCAGGCUGGACAAAGAAAACAAAUUUGUGGAUCGAUUUCGGGAGUCGUUUGACCUUGAAGAGAUUUCCAGCAUCCCCAGCUGGAGCAUCAGACUGUAUAAGGCGGUGAAGAUAAAUGGGAGAAAUAGCUGA